AUGUCGUUGUCCACAGUGAAAUUGACUCUCCAGCAGAAGCUGGACUUUCUGCCUGCGAUCGCAUCCAUUGCGCUCGCUGGCUUCUAUGCUCUCCUGACAGGUCUCUGGCGCACCGAGCGCGAAGCUAAGACCCUGUUCCUGCAUCUCGGCUAUGCCAUCUUCCGUCAGGCCACGGCACGGUUGACCCCGUCGCAAAUGCAAUACAUCUUGCCUCCAUCCGACAAGAUCUAUGAGCGGUACGCGAAGGAGAAUCGUAUUCAAGCUCAGUCUGUAGAGUUGGGCUAUGGUGCUCUCGGUCACUGGAUUGGCGACCGCAAUGCGACCAACGUGCUGGUCUGGUACCACGGUGGUGGCUUCGGUCUGCCCGCCAACAUGGGCUACUUCAAAUUCUACGCGCACGUUAUCGGCGACCUCGAACGUGCCGGCAAGAGCAUCGCCGUCUUCAGCCUUACCUACACCCUCGCUCCGCAAGCAACAUACCCAACCCAACUGAAGCAAGCUGUCGCCGCCAUACGGUAUAUUAUUUCCCAACCAAACCGUGACCCGGCCACGGUCUUCCUCGGUGGAGAUUCCGCAGGCGGGAACCUGGUCGGCGGCGUCCUCUCCCAUGCAGCGCACCCGCACCCACAAAUCGAGCCAUUGAACUUGAACGCCAACUUCGGCGGCGCGGCCAUGAUCGCCCCCUGGACUCUUUUGAACACAGAGUUUCCGGACCAGGACAUCUAUCAUGGUGGGGACCUCAUCACGCAAGCUGUUGCCCAGCCCUGGGCAUCUGCGUACCUGGGCAGUGCCACGCGGGAUAAUUAUACGGAUUUAUCGAACGCUCCGAUCGACUGGUAUGAGAACUUCCCAGUGAAUCAGGUAUUGAUCACGGGCGGCGAGAACGAGAUCCUGUUACCGAUUAUUCGAGAUUUUGCGGAGAAGUUCAAGAAGGGAUUCGAGAAGGUGGAGUUGUUCGUGGGACGUCGCGAGUGUCAUGUUGCACCAAUCUAUAAUCUCGAAUUGGGCGACAGUACAGAAACGGAGCAAGGAAAGAAGGUCAAGUCGUGGUUGACUGAAUUGGCUCUGUGA